GAUAAGAAACAGUCGUUGCGCGUGGAAAUUAAAGUCGAAUUUGCAUCAGGUUGCAAGCAAUGUAGUUACAUUGACAAUUGGCCAACUUUCCUUGACUAAGGUUAACAUGGGCUCACAAUCCAACACGAAAUUUCUCAUUAUCUCCCACACUGCUUGACUAGCAACGCAGCUUUUCUCUUAGUCAACUUCGUGAAUGAAAGACGUGUCGCACAGUGCGGAAAAAGUAAAUACAUUUGCGCGGUGUUAGUUAGGAGUUGUUGCAUCACCUGCCUCAAGAAGUCGACGCCUACUGGCCAGGACAUAUACAAUCCAUUGAGUGUUUGACGUUCAGUCAAAUGUCCGCUGUGAUUAAGUUUCGGCGAUAUAAAUUAACAUCAUAUCUCCGUUGAUAAACUCGGUUUCGAUCAAAAAGUGGAAUCGACUCCGCCGUUUGAAACAUGUUGGCUUUGAGUGCAACAACCGAGGCAGCAACACUUGCGCAGUUAAAUCAGUCCAUACAGAUUUGUUCUCCUCCAAAGCAUGACUUAGUGAUGAAGAUCCUGAAGUACUUCAUCUUCAGCGCAAUAUUUGCUGUCAGCUUGAGCGGGAAUUGCUUUGUGUGCUGGGUAGUUUGGAAAAGACUUCGUAUGCGGACAGUGAUGAAUUAUUAUUUGGUCAAUUUAGCCGCAGCCGAUCUGGCGUUCACGCUAAUAUGUAUACCAUUUGAUCUCCCCGUUCAAGAGAAGUCUUGCAUCUGGCCAUACUUCGGCGCGCUGUGUAAGGUACUCUUUCCAUUACAAACACUAUGCUCUAGCGCGUCCGUUUUCACGCUGACGGCGAUCGGUUACAGUCGGUAUCGCGCUAUAGUACAUCCUUUGAAGUCUCAAAUCGGUCUCGCUGACGCAAAAAAAAACAUAUACUUCAUAUGGCUCGCUUCACUGAUCUUGGUAUUGCCUUACGCGAUGGUCCUCGGAGUUAACCCUUUAACCGGUCAUUGCGAAGAGGGUUGGCCGGAACCUAAGCAAACGUACAGUCGUAUCUACUCGUUUAUAAUAUUCUUUGCAGAUUACGCAGUACCUGUGCCUGUUGUCUUUGUUUCGUACCUCAAAAUCUGUCACGAACUACGCUUAAACGGAGAUCAAGUACCAGUAGCACAGCCAGAGCAGAUAAGAGACUCAGAAAAAGUGCUGAAAAUGUCGAUUGUCAUAACCAUAGUUUUUGCCGUAUGUGCGUUACCAAACCAUAUUGCUUGGUUAGCACUCGAUUUCUUCACCGAUAACAAAUGUGCACAAUGCAGUACGUGGGUUAUCGUGGCUAACAUUUUUGUGUUUGCUAACAGUGCUGCAGAUCCCAUCGUGUACACAGUUUUUAACAGGAGAUAUCGAGACGAGUUCAGAAGUCUUUUUCACUGCCAAAAGCUGGAAAUAGUAGAAAACGAUGAAAAUGCAGUAAACCUAGACGACAGAGCUGUAUAAAUAACCAUUCAUAGCUGGAGGAACACGCCUCCCAGCCCAACUUUUAUUGAAACCAAGAAAAAAAUCUGUAACAGAAUACACUAAUUUUUUUAUGCGCGCAAAAAUGGGUGCUUGUAACAAUGAUGGACGUAACUAAAAGUAAAUUUAUAAGAGGCUCUCGCUAACGAGUUUACAGUUUCGACAGCGCCUUCUUUUGACCCGUUUUCAUAAACUUGACCACACUAUAGCUAAAGAUGAUCUCUCUCGAGUAUAACUUGAAAUAAUUCAGAAUGAGAGAAAAUCAUCUUCAAAGCACAAUAACAGCGUUUAAAGUGCAAAAUGAGCCAAGAGAAAACAAUUAACAACAAAGGCAAACCAUAUGCCGAUUGUUCAAUAUUCAAUUUUGAAGCCCCUGUAAAUACCGUUCGC